GCCCUGAUUGACAUAUGCGCACAGGUAGCCUCAGGUAUGGGCUAUUUGGAGUCGAUUAACAUGGUGCACCGGGGUCUGGCUGCCAGGAAUGUACUAAUGGGCGAUAAUAAUGUAGUAAAAGUGGCUGUACAAAACUGGACACUAUGUAUGACAUAUCGUGACAUUAGAGACCAGGUGUGGACCCACAAGUACCGAUUAAGCAAGCCUAAAUUGACAUUGGUGGAAUGUCCCGAUUCGUACUACAAUACGAUGCUUAAGUGCUGGCAUGAAGUGCCCGAAGAUAGGCCUACCUUUGAGUACUUGUGCCACUACUUCGAGGACUACUUCGUGGACACUGAGAGACAGUACCUCAAAGCAGAAGAUAACGAAUAG